AUGAAUGGUAUCGACUUGACACCAACCAUCGAGGAGUAUACUUCGCUUUUGCAUCUGGUCAAGUUACAGACACCAUACAAACCUUAUGUGCAUGAUGCUAGUGUUUCGUUCGUGAAGGAGAUGUACGAUGCUCUCGGGGUCAAAAUCCAGAAAACAUUCUCAGAGGGAGGUGCAGAAGUAAGGAAAAUCUCUUGGAAGCAGUUGAAAGAAAUAAUCGAAAAAGAAGAAAAAGAAGAGGUUCAGAUACAUAUAAUGGCAUUAGCUAUUUACGGUUUGAUCAUUUUUCCAAAAGAACUAAACAUGAUCGAUCAAGCUACUGUUUCGUUUGUAGCACAAGUACGAAACGGGAUUAACCUCGUUCAAGGCAUCCUGGCAGAAACCUUCAGAUCACUCAACAACUGCAGAAUCAGGAGGCGAGAACGUUUAAAAUGUUGUGUGCAACUGUUAUAUGUCUGGAUGGCAGGUCACUUAUCGUCCAACAAAGGGGGCUUCCGUAGUAUUUUCUUAGUGAUCCGAAUCCCUUUGGCUGAAUUUGAGGAUACCCAAUUAAAGGAGCAGUUAGAUAAAUCUGAAUGGAACACAAAAAUGUGUGGUUUGAUCGACUCAGGGGUAACUUGGCUGGCGCCAUGGAUGGUCCGCUCUAACAUGAUAUAUCGGUGUGGAAAUCUUCCAUGGGUCCCAUUACUAGGCCCAUGGGGAGGGAUAGCAUAUGCCCCUUUGAUGGUCAGAAGGCAAUUGGGGGCAUCUCAGUUUGUGCCUAUGACUCACGGAUUAGCUGACUCAGAUUUCGCAUAUGAAACAGGAGACACUCAAAACCAGAUUAGAAAAUUCAGGGUGGCGUGGAAACAUGUGAACCUAAUAGACCCGAGUGAUGGAAUUGCCACAGUCCAAGGAAGUUAUGAAGCAUGGCGAGAAAACCGGGUAAACCCCCAACUCAAAAGAAUCCUAGAAAUCGGUAUUGAGCAUAUUAAAUCACCAAGCGCAUGCAUGCAAUUGAAGCCACAAGGCGUUCCAUGCCCAGUAGAAAAGGGAGAUGCAAGAGCAUAA